AAGAUACCGGAUGAUCCGGGGAGAGCUAUAUGAGAAGCAACCUCUUCUGCGUCGAGGGUGUCGCGUACCAAAAAUCUCGAUCUGCUCAAGAUGCCUCUUCCUGAAGAUAAACAGCUUCUCAAGCUCUCUGACGAGCUCGUCGAGACCAUCCGUGCGACUUUCGACACGCCAAAGAAUUACAGACCAGUCCACGCCAAAGGCCAACUCGUCAAAGGAUACUUCACACCUCACAAGGAUGCCUCCAAACUCUCCAAAGCGCCAAUAUUCACCCAACCCUCCACUCCCCUAAUCAUGCGCUACAGCACCGACACGGGAUUCAAGAACUUGCCCGACAAUGGCGAAAAUGGCUCUCGCGGUUUUGCCAUCAGAUUCGUGCUUUCGGAAGACGGUCACACCCACUACGACAUUAUAACCAACAACGCAUACGGCUUCGUCGUCAGUACAGGCGAAGGCUUCCUGGACCAAUUCAAAGCCAUGCGUGAUGACAAGAUGGAGGAAUUCCUAGACAAAUACCCCCAUGCGAGAUAUUUUAUGGAAAACCAGUCGCCGGCGCAUUCAUACUCUUUUGCUACCGAGCAAUGGCAUUCCAUCCACGCGUACAAGUUCGUCAAUGAUGAGGGGAAAGAGAGAUAUUUCCGUUGGAGAAUCGUGCCGUGGCAGGGUGUGAUGAAGCACAGUAAAGCUGAUGCUGCGAAGCAAGGAAAGAAUUACCAAUUUGAUGAUUUGGAGUAUAGGCUUUCGCACAACAAGCCCAUCAAGUACAGACUUAUGGCACAACUGGCCGAGGAAGGAGAUGAAGUCAAUGACUCGACCAAGGUAUGGCCGGAGACGAAUGAGUUUGCCGAAAUGGGAGAGAUUGUUAUUGAUCGUCUUUGGGAGAUGGAUGAAGGUGAACCUGCAGGACGUGAACAGAAGAGGAUCAUCUACGACCCCAUCCCGAGAUACAUGGAAGGUGUCGGGGUCAGUGAAGAUCCUUUGUUGGAGGUGAGGACGGCGGUCUACCUCAUCAGUGGCAGGAUCAGGAGAGAACAUAUCCAGGAGGAAGUCCAGCAGGCGGUUAAAUAAUUAUCGGGAUGGGCAGCUGGAUAGCUCUCAUACGAUCGAUGUUCAUCAGAAAAAGAGAAUGCUCCAAGGGUGACUUGAGCGGACUAUUGCGCAGGACUUGGAUAGAUCUCGAAAUUAUACACUCUGUGAGGGCCCUAAAGUGAAUAGAGACGUG